GCUUUCCUUGUGAGGGAAAAAUGCAGUCUCUCCGAAGAGCGUGGUCAUGGCUCAGGCGUCGCCAACAAGAAGACCAAGGGCCUCAGCUUUCGGCGGAGGACAUGGGUUACUACACGGAGAAUUCUUUCUUCUCGGCGCGUGAAGUUGCUGUGCUCUACAAAAAAUUUCACGCAAUGUGCAAGGAGGGAUGGAAUGUGCUCACUCACGAGGAUCUAACGUCCAUUGAGGAGAUGCUCGCAAAUCCAUUUGCUCCGAGAAUUCUCGAGCUUUUCAGCGAGGACGGAAGCGGGUUCCUGACUUUCGAGAAAUUCGUAAACAUGGCGGGCGUGUUCUCCGCAAAGUCGCCACCCGAGGUGAAAAUGAUAUGGGCGUUUGCGCUGUGGGAUUUCGACGGCGACGACGUCAUUGGAGAUGAAAGCCUUGCAGACGAUCUAAAGCAAGGGAUCUCUCUCAUCACGCAAACUGACGAAAGCUCCAAUCCUUCGGCUCUUGCCACCCUUGGAGAAGAGCAGAUUGACGAGGUCGUGUCCAGAGUCCUGCAAGAGAUCGAUCCAAACAACUACGGGCUAAACUAUGCGGACUUCCGAAAAGUGCUACAGAGAAUGCCGGAUUUCAUCAAUAACUUCCACAUGAACUUUAUUGCUUGAGGCCGUUCGUCAUUUCUACAGUGGCCGCCACACAAAGGAUACUUCGUCUGAUCAUACCCCGUCCUUGCGCCCGUUGCUGCCUAGUUGAAAGUAUAAAGGGGAUUUCUUGCAACGCUCCUCAAGCGUAUUUCUCUCUGUUCUUUCCAUUGAUCCACAGACGCAUGGGUUCGAUCGCCAUGAUCCAAAGUGGCUCUUGCAUCCACCACAAGCUGGGUAUUUUACCGAGAACAACAGCAAAGGGCCUAACAGCUUCAUUGAGCAUGUCUAGCGCUUUUGAGAUUAGAAGGGAUCUUAGAGCUGCUUCUUCGGCAGUCGGCAUACAGGGAAUUUUGUCCAGCGCUUUUUCUCGCCAGCCACCAGUGUGUCUCGCCGUGAGAGCAAGCGCCGAAUCCAAAUCCAACGCUGAGCUCGUUAAAGACUCGUGGCGAGUCUUAAAGAGGGACGCUGGAACGCAUGCUACCGCUUUCUUUCUCAAGAUUUUCGAGAUCGCUCCCACUGCCAAGCAGCUCUUUUCGUUCAUGAGGGACUCCACCGUCCCGGCGGAAGCUAAUCCGCACUUAAAGUCUCACGCACUCGUCGUCUUUACAAUGACUUGCGAGGCCGCGAUUCUUCUCGGAGAGGAUCCCACACUAGCAGCUUUGAGACCAAAGCUCUUGGAGAUGGGACAUACGCACGUCGUCCACAAGGUCAUCGACGAGCAUUUCGACGUGGUAAAAUAUGCGUUGUUGGAGACUCUAAAAGAAGCACUCAAGGACGAGUGGAGCCCAAGCAUGAAAGCGGCGUGGGCGGAAGCCUACGACGCUGUGACGAAGAUUAUCAAAGACGAGAUGCACGCUGUGAGACGCAUGGAAGUAGCAGUCUAGUGUUCUUUCCGGCUGGGAAUGUCCAGGCGAUAGGAAUGUAAGCCGACGGACCAGAUCGUUUGGAGGAUUCUGGGAAGUGACAAUAUAAAGAUCUCUUUGAGCCAAA